UUCUUUUUGCUGCAGCCUUUCGCGGGUGCAGAGGCUGGGAGUGAAUCUGGGUGCUUGUAGUGCACAGCAUGCUGUGCCGGAGAUGCGAGACAUAUGAUAGCGCUGCUGAGUCAUAUGCAUAUGAAUAAGGAGCCUUACAACGCAUUAUAGAUAACGGGGGAUUUGUUAAAUGUCAGUCUGUUAGAGGUUAUACGGCGUGUGCGCGAGUGUGUUUGUAUGUGUGUGUAUGCGUGCGUGCAAAGGUGCAUUUUUCAGUUGGGGUUGGUUGGGGAAGAGCUGGAGAGGCUGGUAUCUUGCAGCCUUUAAACAUCGCGAUGCUACGAGAGUUGCAAGGAGCUUUUUUGGCGAGGCGCGCCAGUCAGAGGCAGAGAAGACAGAGGUGCUCUUGACACCAUUGAGGGAUGCGCUGUUACUAAACAGCUCGUAUAUCUGCGACGAGAGGACCCGAGCCAGACACGAUGGUUCUGACCGCGCUGACCCAGUUUAGUUGCAAGUGGUGGGCGACGGUUCGUUGCGCGUGGACUGGAGCGCGGCGAGCUCCCUGUCUGACCUCGCGCUUUUGGGGAGCACGCGGACCUGCUUGGCGCGCAGACUGAUUCUGACUGCACCUUUGGGCGCACUGGACUUCAGCGAGGUGAAUGUUGACGACACCAUUGAAAUGUUACCAAAAUCAAGAAGAGCUCUGACCAUUCAAGAGAUUGCUGCAUUAGCGCGAUCCUCUCUGCAUGGUAUUUCCCAGGUAGUGAAGGACCAUGUGACGAAGCCUACAGCAAUGGCUCAGGGCAGAGUGGCCCAUCUGAUUGAGUGGAAAGGCUGGUGUAAGCCCAUCGACACCCCAGCAGCUCUGGAAUCAGACUUCAACUCGUACUCCGACCUCACUGAGGGAGAGCAGGAGGCACGCUUCGCUGCUGGUGUGGCAGAGCAGUUCGCCAUAGCUGAGGCUAAGCUGAGGGCCUGGUCCUCUGUGGAUGGCGACGAGUCGAACGAUGACUCAUAUGAUGAAGACUUUCUGCCUGCCAAUGAGCCCACCACACAGAGCACAGAUGUGCCAUCGUAUCCUCCCUACUUGAAGGACCUGAUCCACAGCCAGCUUUGCCAGCACUUGGGCCUGCAAAGGCCAUGUUGCGAGGGUGGUGGAGGAGGUGGCGAGGGAGGUGGCAGUGGAGAGCCUUCCCCCACGACAGGCUCCCCGGACACCCUGUGCUCCAGCCUCUGCAGCCUGGAUGAGCACCACCCGCUGCUACGCGACCUAGGCGGCCACCGUGGCAACCACGCCCACAGCAACGCUGCAGAGCUCGCCGCCAAGAUCCUGUCAGCACUGCAGGGAGGGGAGGAGCUGCUGGCCCGACUGCAGAGGGCGGGGCAGAGCGGGCCUGGUGGGGGGGACUGCGGCUUCCACAGCCUUGGCGGGGGAGGGCGGGGCAUCAGGCCCUGCGGGGGUCAGGACUCUCCUUGCUACUCCAUGUCUUACUCUGAGACGUACUUGUCACCAGGCGAGGAUGACGACACCCCCUGCAAGGACUAUGAGAGCACAGUGUGCCAGGUGGAGGCGGAGGGCAACGGAGUGGAGUACCCACCCGACUAUGACCCACGCCGGAGGGUCUCCGACGUAGCCUCCUCUGGGGUCGUGUCCCUCGAUGAGGAGGAUGAAGAGGAGGAGGAGAGGGCAGGCGAUCCAAACAACCAAUGACUCCUUUCCUGUCACAUCAGUGUUUGAUUCCUCCGCGCUCUUUGGGGGGGAUCUCUUUUUUGCAACAAAUUCCCCACUCCUCCAUGGCGUCUGAAAAGUCUGAACCUGCACGCAUGUUAAUUUCUUUUGACUGAAACAUCCGUCUUUGCCUUACUUGCAGCAUUUCAACUCCUACUCUCCACCCCGUGACUGCUUUCAUCCCCAUUCGAUGUAUCGACUCUAUUUUCUUUGAAGGCGUCCAAACAAUCUUUUAUAUCAGUGUGAAAACAGGACAGCUGGACGCUGCAGUGACUUACUCGUGGGUAUGACGCUCACAGUUUUCGGCUCCAUCCCCACCUGCAAGGAGACUCCAAAAACUGGAUGCCACCAACAGGCAGACAGAAUGACUGAGUUUAAGACUCUGACUUAUCUUUGCAUGUGUUUUGCAAGUGCUGAAAUUGAUGGGCUGACCCGGUCUUGAGCACGGUUUGUAAUCUCAGCUGUUCUGUAUAACCACCCCGACCCGCCUCCCCCAGUGUCGCCCAUGGGAGGGAGGGUUGACACUGCGUCCUGGGACCUGCUCUUAUCUCCCCCCCUCUCCUCCCCCCGCCCCUCCUUUGCAAGAGACAAAAUAGCAUCCUUUUGGGCAUGGCUUGCUGAGUAUGCCAAACUAUUUAAUCCUGUCACUACCAAUUAUGAGCAAAUGCUGGAAUGUCUUUAAAGUGACAGGACAUAGUAUGUAUUUUAAAAAUAACAAAGUUUAAAAAAAAGAUUUGUCACAAAUUAUAUGACAGAAAUUAUAUGCUUUUAUUGUACUAGUUUUCUAUCACUCAGACAUGUUGUUGUUCACAUUAUUCCAGACAUCAUUAUGAUGGACAUAAUGCCAUAAUGAUCUACUAUAGUUACUGGAUAUUUUUGGGGGUUCCGUGGAUUCCCGCAUGGAAGACACGAGAACGUUGGUUGUCUUAAAAAAUACACAGCAGCAGCGAUGACAACAAACACUGACAGAAUGUUCCUGAAGUGACCCUUCGGCGACAGGCGUUCAGCAGGAAGGGGCGCAGGUGGAGAAGACAGAAGUUUUUUCUGUGAAGCGACUAGUUGCAUCGGAGAUUUUCUAUAUUUUUGUAUGCGUUGUCAUGCUUUGAUCUCUUUGCCUAUGCGGCGUGCCAGUGUAUGUGGUUUUUUGCACGAAGCUAACGUGGCUGUAGAUUUCUCCUUUUUUUUUUUUUUUCGUUAUCACUGUGUGAUAUAGUUUAAUGGGAAAAAAACAACAAUACAAUGUGAACAAAAAACUUUUUAUUUUAGUUUCAAAAGAGGAUACUGUGAUACGGUUUGUUAUUGCCAUAUGUCAUGAUCCUCAUGAAGAGCUAUUGUUCUUGUCUGUUUCCCAGAAUGCUCUUCUUUCUUUCCUGUCAUACUGACUCCUGAAAAGCUUUGCCUUUUAUUCUCUACUUUCCCUUCUUUUCUAUGAGGUUUGCAGAGUGGCAUGUUUAUGUGACACAUGCGGAAGCUCCCAUCUCCAUGAUGUGAGGAGCCCUGUUGAGGUUCUCCCAGAGGGACUGUCAUUCAUACAACUCAGGAAAUCCCAUUGGACCACAGCAUCAAUGUAUCCCGCCCGCCUGCGUAACACUACUCGUCUCUCAUCCUCCGUGUGUGUGUGUGUGUGUGUGCGUGUGUGUGUGUGUGUUCUACGUGUGCUUGUGUGGGUGCAUUUUGGCGUGUUUGUGAGAGAGAAAGCCUGGUGUGCGUAGUUAUUUUCUACAAAUAAUUAAAGCACAGAUUCAGUCCCCACAUCCUUCUUUACUGUUUGACUGUUCAGAUAAGCCUCAAUGUGCAAGUCCGUAUGUUUGACAUUUUGUGUGUGUGUGUGUGUGUGUGUGUGUGUGUGUGUGUGUGUGGCUGUAAUGUAAGAUGUCAGCAAGCGUUAAGCUUGCAUUGUAUAUCCAUUCCAAAAUCCCUUCGAUGCAGCGAUUCCCUUUAAAGCAGUGUCUGGUGUAGCUGAGCUCUCGUUGGAGGUUGACCUUGGUGCUGGGGACAACAUCUGGAAAAUACAUAAGGGAUGGUGUUGAUAAAUCAUCCAACUUCUAAACUACAUGAAAAUAAAGUGUCCCAGUCAGGACAGUUGGAAAAGACAGCGACAACUCAGGAGGAACCAUUGAGCUGUGCCUUUCAUUCAUCACCUGUGACCUCCCAAGUUGUACCAUCGUCACAUCCUCCGUGCUGUCACUCAGGCCACAGCUUAGCUUGGCUUCCUUCCCCUUCUUCUUCCUUUCCUGAAUGAGCGAGUGCAGAUAUAUUCAGACCAGUUGGACAGCGGCACCAAAUAUCCUUGUUACAUCUACUGAGUGUAUUCUGGCGCUAUAGCUGGAGGCUAACAUCAGGCCGAUUGUCCUUUUGGUUGACAUUAAAAGCCGCGGUUGCUAACGAGGCGAGGUUGUGCUCGUCCCCGCCCCACAUCACCACUUCCUCUAUUUAUUAGUCUGUCCACCACAGUACAUUUGCUGUCUGUCUCUCUGAGUGUCCCUGUCCUCUCCCCGGGCAGUGUGUGUGUGUGCGAUGGUGUGAGUGUGUGUGUGUGACAGAAGACGGGCACCUUGGUGUGAUGCGUUUUUUCACUCACCCAGCAGUCUUGUUCUGUGUUUUUUAUUUGCCUACUUUUGAGGACCAUGACUACAUUUAUUAAUCAAGUCUUCAUUUUCCCCCUAAUCUAACCCCAGACCCUAAUCCCUUUGUAGAAGUGGUGUUUUCUAUUCUUUCUGUCCUUGUGAGAACAUUUUGUCCUCAUAAGAAUAGAGAGGGAAGAAUUCCUGCUGACACACACACAGACAGCCUGAUGAAUGUCUCCCCUCUCCAUCCUUCUGUCUCUGUCCUGUCAUUUCCUGCCCCCUCUCCUCCCACCCCUCUUUGUCUCUGUCCUUUCCUCUUUGCCUCCUCGCUUUAUUUCCCUCUCUCCCUCCAUCAAUCCCCACAGGGGGGCUCGUUACAUAACCGAGAGGACAUCCGAGUGCUACCUUUGCCGACAGGCAAUUAGCCCGCGAUUAUGAAACCGCCUGACGAACAGGAGAUGUGUAUCUCCUCCCGUCUUUCUUUUUUUUUUUUUCCGCCCUUGCGUCUUUUUCCCCUUCACUCCAUGUGCACCCUCCCCUUCCCUUUUUCUUCCUGAUCCCCACUGCCACAAGCUUUUAUUUUAAAGUAACAUCUUUUUAGGUUAGCUGUCCCAGAAAACUUGUGAUUUGCAGAAAGCAACAGAUGAUGCAGAGGAGUGUUUCUCGCUCACCUCUCUGUACAGAAGGGAUGAGUAGUUCGUAGCCUGAUAACAGACGAACACCCUGCUGUUCUGGAGUCAGACAGAAGUCUUUAGAGUGAAGCAUGUUUCUUUUGGUGUGUGUGUGUCUCUGGGCAGUGUGUUUUAGUCUGUUGCUUCGGGCAAGUGCUGACAUUGGAAACCUAUCAGAGAAAAGCGCUCCAGAUUCUGUGUGUGUGUGUGUUUGUGUGUGUGAUAGUGGCGGGAGAAUCCGGCGCUAUAAAAAGACAUCAAAACAUCUGUUGGGCAGUAUCAAGCCAGGAGGGCGUAUGAAAAUUCAGUUGGUGCUGGUGCCCCCGUCACCCUGUAGCCUACUUACCAUUUUAAAACAAAGCUGAAGGGCCUGGGGACCGUUUCCAGCAUCACCGACCCCCAGUGGUGAACAUUAGGACAAAACCUGCAAACACAACUGAGAGAGUGAACGCUGCUGAAGGAACUGACUACAGAGAGUGUAAUUUUCGCAGAGAGAGAUGGUGUGUUUUUAACCCACAUUAGCCUUUACAGUCUUAAUUAAAACAUCCCACAAUCCUCGAGGGGAUCGGGUGCAUACAGUGACACGCGCAUAAAAACGAGCAGAGGCUUAACAUAGUUCAGAGAGCAAAGCCAUACAACUCUCCCAGCAGAGGACAAAGACACCACGAGCUAACAGGGUAAAUGGAAAAUAGAUGACCCAAAAUGAAUGUACCGUCCCGUCCACAUCGUAAGUGGGUUCCAUAUCACCAAUCGCAUCGGUCCAACACACACACUCAACCCUCUCCUCCCUCUGAGAUCUCAACCCUGUCUGUUAUUUUUUUCUUCUUCUGUUUCCUUUUUAAUCCUUUUCUUCUUCCUCUUUUAGCUGAAUGUAAUUAUUUGAUUAUUGCCACCUUGGAUUUGAAAAAUGAAUCUUUGUGUGCUGCAUCUGAUAUUAUUUCGAAUUAAUAAAAUAUUGUUAUUGUUCUUUGCAAAAAAUA